UUAUCUUCAAAUGAAUGAAAGAAAAACGAAGGGGAAGUUGCAGUGCUAAUGGAAGACGCAAGUAACAGCGUAAGAGAAGUGAUACUGAAGGAAGUCCCCGAUUGGGAUUCGGAGGUGACAGUGAGCGCUAGAUUCAAAGCAUUCAGCGGUCAGAGGUCUGAUUGGGAACCAAGGUACCAAUUCUGGAAGAAUUUAAUCAUCAAAAUCGUUCGUCAUCUUGGCAUCUUCAUCAUCCGUCCUUCAGUGGUUACAAAUGUCUGGUUUAAUCAGGGAGGCUUGGUUCCUUUAUGCAUCGAUCAUGUUCUGGUUGAAAUGUAUAAUUCCGGGGACCUUUUAUGUAGCAGCGAUCUUAUCGACCCCAAAAGUGGCCAACUCACCCAAUUAUUCCACAAAGUUAGACAUUUGCUUCCUUUAUCUAAACCUGCAUUUCCCUCAGAAGAUGAGUUCAUCGUUUCGUCGGUCCUACAGGAGAAAUCUGAUGAAGUUGUCAAGCUAAUAUCUGAAGAUCACUGGACGUCUUCAUGCAUAAUUACAAUGAGCAAAUUUCAAGUGAUCUGUGGAGGGCCAAAACAAGCGUCGGUGAUCUUGAGCCAUCUGUCCAAAUGUGGGAGGGCGAAGUAUGCUGCGAUUAGGCGGAAUGAUCUUAUAGAGGGUGUGAAAGUGUCUCUUUCUUCCAAAACUAUCUCUGGUGCUACAAGUUCAGAUUAUGAUAUUUUGCACUUGACUUGGACCGCAGAGAAGCUCCAGCUACAAAUUGAUAUGAUCGAUCAACUUUGUAACAAGUCGAAAACCUCGGCUUUGGCUUCUUUAAAAUCGGGGAACAAAGUCAGUGCGCGGAGGCAGGCAAGAGAACUAAAGUUGCAAUCUGAACGUAGAGAAAAAUGUGAUGUGCUUUUAAGGCGAGUAGAGGAAGUCCUCAGAGCCAUAGCAGACGCUGAAGAUUCAAAAGAGGUUUUCGAAGCUAUUAAAAGCGGUACAAAGGCAAUGAAGGAUAAGAUGAUUACCAUAGAAGAAGUGCAGCAGUGUUUAGAUGAUCUUGAUGAAACAAUCACUUCACAAAAGCAAGUAGAAAAAGUCUUAGGUUCGGUUCCACCAUAUUACGAAGACUUUGAUGAAGAUAUUGAAGACGAGUUGGAUAAACUCAUGGAAGAAAGUAGAAACACGUCAGCAGACGGUGCCGCAAGGGAACAUGAAACCACCUUGGGAACAGCUGAAUCGCUGAGUAACACCCUCUCGGCUCUUAAGCUUGCAGAUAAUGACGUGGCCGUAAAGGAACCAACAGAAGCGUCAAAUGUAUCAAAGGUUCUUGAGCUUGCACAUUCCUGAUGAUUGAUGAUUAUCCUCCAUUUGUACAACUUACACGUACUGCGAUUAUAGUUGCAAAAAAAAAAAAGCCCUCGAUGUAAAACGCGUGUAGUGUUUAGGUUUGUUAAAGAGUGUUUGGGAUUGUCUAUUAAAACUGUAGUGUGAUAAUAAGGCAAAACUCUUGUGAUCUAAACUCAAGUCUGGGGACGCUUUUGCAGCGAAAA